UGCUGUGAGUGGUGCAGAGAGACUCGAACCUGGGGGCGUUUCUUGAAGCUGGUGUUAUUACAGUACAGUCUGAGGCAGCGGAGGAGAGAAGGUACAACUUGUGGACCUUUCUUCACCAGCCUUGAACGUCCCGAGAGUGGAAUUUGAAAAUGGCACAAGACGGGAGCGAGCAGAUGAGGCCACUGUUGACAUCACUGGAGGAUGCAGUGCUGGACCGAGGAAACACAAGCUCCACACUUUACACCAAUUUUGAGGCGGAGGAGCUGGAGAGUCACAGGGCGCUGUACGUUGGCAUCCACGUGCCUUUGGGCCGAGAGAACCGACGGCGCCACCGCCACCGAGGGCACAGACAUGAGCGGCGGAGGCAGCAUCGCCCGCAUGAGGAUGCCUCCGACUCGCCUUCUUAUGAUACGCCCUCACAGAGGGUACAGUUCAUCUUAGGCAUGGAGGAUGACGACGAAGAACAUGUCCCUCACCAACUCUUCACUGAGCUGGACGAGCUGGCUUUCAGAGAUGGAGAAGUCUUGGAAUGGAAAGAAACGGCAAGGUGGUUGAAGUUUGAGGAGGAUGUGGAGGACGGCGGCGAGCGUUGGAGUAAACCUUAUGUGGCCACCCUGUCGCUGCACAGCCUGUUUGAGCUGCGCUCGUGCAUCAUGAACGGCACCGUGGUUCUCGACAUGCGCGCCAACGGCAUUGAGCAGAUCGCAGACAUGGUGAUUGACAGCAUGCUGGCGUCCGGUCAGCUGGACCAGCAUGUCGAAGACAAGGUGAGGGAAGCCAUCUUGAAGCGCCACCACCAUCAGAAUGAGAAGAGGCUGAGCAAGCGCAUCCCACUGGUGCGAUCCCUCGCUGACAUUGGCAAGAAGUAUUCUGACCCUCAUCUGCUGGGACAAAAUACAGGUCUUCUGGCAUCCCCUCAGUCGGCUCCUGGGAACCUGGACGCCAGCAAGGGUGCGGAAGGUGGCGUCACCGCAGUGAGUCGUGAAAGCAGCGGGGUGGACUUCAGCAAGGUGGACAUGAACUUCAUGAAGAAGAUUCCUCCUGGUGCCGAAGCCUCCAACGUGUUGGUGGGGCAAGUGGACUUCCUAGAAAAGCCCAUUGUUGCUUUUGUUCGCCUGGCGCCCGCCGUGCUCCUUUCCGGACUCACCCAAGUUCCCGUACCCACCAGGUUCCUCUUCCUCCUACUUGGUCCGUUCGGAAAAGGUCCGCAAUACCAUGAGAUCGGACGCUCCAUGGCCACACUGAUGACAGACGAGAUCUUCCACGAUGUGGCGUACAAGGCCAAGGAUCACAAAGACCUGCUGUCAGGACUGGACGAGUUCCUGGAUCAAGUGACUGUGCUCCCGCCGGGUGAGUGGGACCCCAGCAUCCGCAUCGAACCGCCCAAGAACGUACCCUCUCAGGAGAAGCGGAAGAUCCCUUCUGCCCCAAAUGGCUCCAUCCAUAUCUCUGACAUCAUCAAGGGGGCAGAGCAUGACAUUGGCCCAGAGUUGCGGAGGACGGGAAGGCUGUUUGGCGGUCUGUUCAAGGACAUCCAGAGAAAGGCACCUUUUCUACUCAGUGACCUGACAGAUGGCCUCAGCCUGCAGUGUUUGGCAUCCAUCCUCUUCCUCUACUGCGCUUGCAUGUCGCCCGUCAUCACCUUCGGAGGCCUGCUGGGAGAAGCCACCCAAGGAAACAUCAGCGCCAUUGAAUCUCUGUUUGGGGCAUCCCUGACGGGCGUGACCUACUCUUUGUUUGCGGGUCAGCCUCUCACCAUCUUGGGCAGCACCGGGCCCGUCCUGGUUUUUGAGAAGAUCCUCUUCAAGUUCUGCUGUGACUACGGCCUGUGCUACCUGUCGCUGCGGACCAGCAUCGGGCUGUGGACUGCCUUCAUGUGCCUGCUGCUGGUGGCGACCGACGCCAGCUCCCUGGUUUGCUACAUCACACGCUUCACCGAGGAGGCUUUCGCGGCCCUCAUCUGCUUCAUCUUCAUCUACGAGGCCCUGGAGAAACUGCUGCACCUGGGGCACAUCUUCCCAGUCAACAAUGCCAACAACCUGGACAAUCUGACCUUCUACACGUGCAAAUGUUCUCAACCCACCAACGCCUCCGCUGAGAUACUUCAAAUUUGGAGGCGCUGGGGCUACAACUCGUCGGCCAGCAUCCCGUGGGAACAGCUUAGUGUACAGCGCUGUCAGACACUGCGCGGUGAGUUCGUGGGCUCGGCUUGCGGCCACGACGGUCCCUUCGUCCCCGACGUCCUGUUCUGGUCCAUCAUUCUCUUCUUCACAACCUUUUUAUUGUCUACCUACCUCAAAGGCUUCAAGAACAAGAGAUUCUUCCCCACCAAGGUGCGAUCGACCAUCAGUGACUUUGCUGUUUUCCUGACCAUUAUGUUCAUGGUGCUGAUGGAUUAUUUGGUGGGAAUUCCGUCUCCCAAGCUCAGUGUCCCGGAUCGCUUCCAGCCCACCUCCGCCAACCGUGGUUGGCUCAUCUCGCCACUGGGUCCCAACCCCUGGUGGACGCUGUUGGCCGCCGGCAUUCCCGCUCUGCUCUGCACCAUCCUUAUCUUCAUGGACCAGCAGAUCACCGCAGUCAUCGUCAACAGGAAGGAAAACAAGCUGACGAAAGGCUGCGGCUACCAUCUGGACCUGCUGUUGGUGUCGCUGAUGAUAGCUGUGUGCUCCAUCAUGGGCCUGCCGUGGUUCGUGGCGGCGACUGUUCUCUCCAUCACGCACGUCAACAGCCUGAAGCUGGAGUCGACAUGCGCGGCCCCGGGCGAGCAGCCCAAGUUCCUGGGCGUCCGGGAGCAGCGCGUCACCGGCUUCAUGAUCUUCCUCCUCAUGGGCUUCUCCGUCUUCAUGACGUCCAUCCUUAAGUUUAUCCCGAUGCCCGUCCUGUAUGGCGUCUUCCUCUACAUGGGCGUGUCCUCACUCAAAGGCAUUCAGCUCUUUGACCGCAUCCAACUGUUCGCCAUGGCGCCCAAGCAUCAGCCGGACCUUAUUUACCUUCGCUACGUGCCGUUGAGGAAGGUCCAUGCCUUCACCGCUGUGCAGCUCGCCUGCCUGAUUGCCCUGUGGCUCAUCAAAACCUCCGCUAUCGCCGUCGUUUUCCCGAUGAUGGUUCUGGCAUUGGUGUUUAUCCGGAAGCUUCUGGACUUCGGCUUCAGCAAACGAGAGCUGAGCUGGCUGGACGACCUCAUACCGGAGAGCAAGAAAAAGAAGGAUGAUGAUAAUAAGAAGGAGAAAAAAGAUGCCGAGUGGAAUUUGGAGGGGGCAGUGGAAAACUAUGCGUUUGACAAUGACGCAACAAUCAAGAUCCCCAUGCAAAAUGUGAAACAAAGGACAGACCCAUCCGAGGUGAACAUCUCAUGUGAGAUUGGUAAAAUUGGCUUCUGGAAGUCUCUCUCCGUGAUGGCGGACACCAACAAAGUUUUGAAGCCAAACAGCAGCAGUCAGGAGCCUGUGCCCAGCGUGAGUGUGGUGUUUGAAGAUUCAAGAAUGUGAGCGUCGCAGGCAUCCAGACGGCGUUAUAACCAACAGGCGGAGGAGGGUGUCGCAAUGCCUCCUGUGUCAAAGCUGAAGAGAACAACGUCUUGACUUCUCCUCCCCUGGACAACCAAAGUUUUUCUUGUUUUCUUUAAAUUCACAUUUUAUGGCGAAAUGUGUUUGUAUCAUUCCACCAAAAAUACUUUUAUAUUGUCUCCAUUCACCGUUAUGGAUAGUUUUAUUUAGAUAGACAUUGUGUCGCUAGUAUGAAUAAAUACUGUAUGAAGAAAUCACAUUUAUUACAUAUUUUUAUGAGGACAACACUUGGGAAAAUGACAAUUUACUACAAAAAUUGUUAUUUGUAUAACCAGGUAUGACUCCAGGGUUUGAUUGCACAUCGGUAAAGUUACCGUAAUUUUGUCAUGUCAAACUUUCUCAGGGGCCCAAGUUAUGUAUCGUGGAUUAGUAUUAUGAAUCGAUCAUUUGUUAAGUUUGGAGUGAAAUACUGUACAACAUAGUUGAAUGUACAUUCACGUGUAUUGACAUUUUUGAAUAAUUUGGGCUUCCUGGUUCUGUGCCUGUCAAAUCGUGUUAGGCGUUUUACUUUGAAAGCACAAAUUGUCAUUUCCUGUUUACUCUGUUUUCCUUUUUACAAG